AUGAAAGUAGUCACAUGUCAAAUGCUGUUCACGUGCCCUUUUGCCACAACUGUUUGGCUAGGAUCUCAUCUGCAGGUUUUAGAGGGGCUUGGGGAAGAUGAAUGUCUAAAGGAAGUAUGGAUGAAUCUGGAAAAUAAGCCAAGCGACCAAUGUGCACAGGUUAAGUUUUUGUCUAAAGUUUCUUGGCUUAUGUGGGCCCUAUGUCAGUCCAGGAAUGCUAUGAUAUUUCGAGAAACUUCCGAUGACCCUGGCGAAGUCGUCAGCAAAGCGACGGAACUUCAAGCGGAGUUCCUACGCGCUAGACAUAGGUCUCAACCUGCACAUCAGUCCCUUGCAGCAACCACUGUAACACCGACCUUGUCAGUCUGGAGUCCCCCUCCAGCCAAUGUUUUCAAGCUUAACUUUGAUGGAGCCUUCCAUGAAGCUACGUCGACGGGGUGGGGGCAGUAG